CGCGCCGGCGGGGACGGAGCGUUCAUUCAUAAGGAGCGAGCGCUGCGUUCAAUGGGGGGGGUUCUAUGGGGACGGCGUUGGUGUCACCCCCACGUCACCCCUACGGUGGGGACAGUGAUGAUCUGGCGCUGGGCAGUGCUGUGCAGGGGAGGAUGCCGAUCAUUUUGCUCCUGAGCAGGAAAUACCCGUGCUGAAGGUGGCCCGAGUGUCUGCAGAGCUUGGGGAUGCACUGCUGGCUCCUUGCUGUCCUGGGGGUGCUGAGCAGCCCCUGCAUGGGGACCACUGCCUGCGAGCUGCUGCGAUGCCCACCUGGAGAGGAACCCAUUGGGGCAUGCAGCACAGCACAGAGCUGCCGCCCCUGCCCCCCUGGCUCUUCCUCUGCAGGGGAUGCGCCGUGUGUCUGCAUGCACGGGUUUUACAGCCCUGAUGGCCAUAGGGAGCCCCAGGGCCUGUGUCUGCCCUGCUCCGCUGCACCCCACGGCACCCCGGGGUGCGCAGCCCCCACUGCAGGUAGACGUCGAGCCCGGAGGGUUGUGGCACCUCAGGGACCAUCAGGGACCAAUGGGACAUGGGAGGUUCAGCCAGAGGAGUCGGCAGCGGCGCAGUUGGCUGUGUUGGCAAUUGUGCCCGUGUUCUGUGCCAUGGGGCUGCUGGGCAUCCUGGUGUGCAACCUGCUGAAGAAGAAGGGCUACUAUUGCACCGCACACAAGGAGCACGAGCACAGCACCAGUGGUCCUAGCUCCAUCUACCAGAUUGAGGAUGCCAAUGAGGACACCAUCGGGGUCCUGGUGCGCCUCAUCACUGAGAAGAAAGAAAAUGCUGCAGCACUGGAGGAGCUGCUGAAGGAACAUCAGAGCACACAGCCAGCACUGGCGGGCUGCAAACCUGCCUACAAGCUGCACCUCCUGCCUCAGUUUCCUCCCUCCUGCUGCCACCAGCAGCACCUGCACACAGUGCACGGCCCGGCUCCCCCUUCAGACCCCCCCUGCACCCGAUGCAGCCAAAGGAAAUGGCCCCAGGUGCUGCCACCCCCUACAGCCACCAAAGCCACCAGACCCGCCGGUGAGAUCACCAUUCUCUCCAUUGGAAGAUUCCGGGUGUCCCGGAUCCCCGAGCAGAAGCCUGGUGUUGGAGGUGAUCCUUUCCCUACCAGCACGAGGCCAUCGUGGUUGAAAAGCACUGACAGCCGCCCUGAGGGCAGCCCCUCUGCAGCCCGGUUUGGGGACAGCACUCUCGCCAUGUGACACCCCCAGAUCCCCUUUGGGGCCAUCCCUGAUGCAGGGUGAGGGGCUCAGGCACCACGCGACCCCCGGGCACCACGUGGGAUGAUGGCAGCCAAAAACGUCGCUGGGACGAGGAAGGGCUGUCCCUAUGAUCGAUGUCCCCAGUGCGGUGACACCAGGAUGAGCAGGGCUCUGCCCAUUGGGUUUUCAAUGGCGGUCAGGUGAUGGAUUCUAAAUGUGUUUUUAAACAUUUUGGGUUAAUUUCUGGAAAUGAAGUCACUAACCCGUGGGACACUGGGGGUGCUGACCCCUCCCUGUCCCCACCAUCACUGCUGGCAGCAGCUUGGCACCAGCUCCGUCACCCUCCCCAGCACCCCAUUGCCCCUUCCCCAUAUUUAUUACCCCUCCAGGGCUUUCCCAGCUCUUUGAGACCAUUUCUGUUGGUUUUUUAUUUUUAUUUUAAGCCUCCUGGCACUGUUGCUGGAGAGGAUGUCGUUAAUAAACGAGCUCUGUUUUAGGGCAAGAAGUUGGA